AUGGCAGAGGCGGACGAUAGCAACUUCUACAUUGAACUUCGUAAGAAUCCUAUUAGAUUCGACCCCGUUGAUAAAGUAACCAACGUUUUCUACGAUGAUGCUAACAAACAGGUAUUUGCUGUGCGUUCAGGUGGAGCCAUGGGGGUGGUGGUCAAAGGUCCUGGUGAAAAGGAUUCUGUAACUUUCAGAGUUGAAAGUAGAGGAGAUGUGAUUUCUAUCAAAUUUUCACCAGACAAACGAGUUCUAGGUAUACAAAGAUCAUCAAAGUCUGUGGAAUUUAUCAAUUUCAUGACUGAUAUGACAGCAGAUCAACUGGAAUACUCACAAACAUGCAAGGGUAAGUCCACCAACAUAAUGGGAUUCGUUUGGACGGGAGUGAACGAAAUUGUCUUUGUUACCGACCACGGGAUAGAGUUCUAUCAGGUCACACCUGAGAAGAGAAUGCUGAAAUGUGUUAAAACUAUCAACCUCAGUGUAGCUUGGUUUGUCUGGCAGGUAGAGAGUUCAAUAUUGCUGUUGGCAUCUGGUACAUUGGGAAACACAUUGAAUCCAUUCCUGUUCAGAGGGACAAUGACAAAACUGGCCAAGUUUGAAGUGGACUUACCAGCAGUACAAAAGCAGGCUAAGACGCCUCUGCUAGAGCGGGAUGUCAUCAUGGCUAUUAUAUAUGGUCAGCUGUAUAUAGUCAUCCUGAGACACCAGCCUCGCCCAGGGUCUGUAGGGGCGGAAAUUGUCCUGUACCAGAUCAUUAGGGAUGGACCUGCCAGGAAGACAAAUGUAUUAAAACUAGACAUGAGUGGGCGAUUUGCAAUCAACAUUGUGGACAAUCUAAUCCUGGUUCACCACCAAGCCUCCAGAACAUCUGUGAUAUUUGAUAUUCAACAGGAGGGAGAAACUGAUGGCUUUGUAACAUUUCAUUAUCCAGUUGUCUCCCCCUUGCCAAUUAAACCUUUUACAAUGUUGCUUCCUUCACUCAAUUUACAAACCGGAGCAAACAAAAUGGAGUACACAUGUGAAUUAUAUUCCCCAAACUGGAUUGUCUUUCAGCCAAACAUAAUUAUAGAUGCUAAAUUAGGCUGCCUGUGGUAUGUCAAACUACUGUUGGGACCACUGGUGGGGAUGAUUCCAGAUAAAUGUCGACUCAUCAAGUUCCUGCUACAAAGGACAGACAGUAAGGCUGAAAUCUUGUCAGUGUGUCGCAACAUGAUGGUACCAGGCAAACAGGCCAGCCUAAGUACCAUUGCAUCUGUUCUAGACAUGCUCAACAAAGUCUAUCACUCGCACCUGGAGUCCGAGAUCAAUCAGCUGGCAACUGACACACAAAAUCGAUCCACAGAACCACGUCGACGCCAAGUCAUCAUAGACCAAUCUGACGCCUACACUCAUGUCUUCUCCAUCUUUGAGGACAGCAAGGACAUGAAGUACAAAUUCAUUGUGGCUGUCCUGAUAGAAUACAUCCGCUCACUGAAUCAGCAAGGUAUACCAGUCCAGCAUUACCUGUACGAGCUGAUCAUCAACACUUUGGUUCACAAUAACUGCUGCUACCAGCUCCAUCAAUUUCUCCAGUACCAUGUUCUCAGUGAUUCUAAACCCCUGGCUUGCCUGAUGCUUUCCUUGGAAAGUGCAUACCCACCGGCUCACCAAUUGGCUCUUGAUAUGCUCAAGCGUUUAUCUACAGCUAAUGAAGAAAUUAUUGAAGUCCUUUUAUCCAAACAACAGCUUCUUCCAGCUUUACGGUUUAUACGUAGUGUUGGUAUCACAGACACCGUAUCAGCCAGAAAGUUCUUGGAGGCAGCAAAGUCCACAGAGGAUAACAUGUUGUUCUAUACGGUUUUCAAAUUCUUUGAGCAGAGAAACAUAAGAUUAAGGAAUCAUCCUAAAUUCCCACAAGGUGAACACUGUGAGCAGUACACCAGACAUUUUGAGGGACUGUUUGGAAUAGAUGCGCUGGCACAAACAUCUCCAACGUAGCCAUGACAACAAAUGUGACUGAUAAAGUGCUGUGAUAAUUGUUCCUACAUAACUUUUUAAGGUUCUUAUAAUCUUUAAGAUUUUCAUUCCUGUUCAUUUACCAGAGACAUGUAGUUUUCAUCCUUAAUCCAGGAACAUUAUUUCUGAAUUUCGUUAGAUAUACAGUAUAUAUUGAGAGAUAAAACCAACAUGAAACAUGUUGAUGACUUCCAUUGAACACUCCAGUCUCAUUAUAGUCUCACCAUAUCCAGAAUCAUUCAGUCAUUCCAAUUUGGUAUGGUCAUGCUAAUGAUUUCCAUUCAACACUCCAGUCUUAUUUCACUGUGACUGUAUCAAGAAUUCUUCAGUAAUAUUAACUUGGUAUGGUCAUGCUAAUGAUUUCCAUUCAAUGCUUCAGUCUCAUUUGACUGCGACUAUAUACAGGAUCAUUGAGUCUUGUUAACUUGGUAUGAUGAUUUCCAUUCAACACUCCAGUCUUAUUUCACUGUGACUGUAUCAAGAAUUCUUCAGUAAUAUUAACUUGGUAUGGUCAUGCUAAUGAUUUCGAUUCAAUGCUUCAGUCUCAUUUGACUGCGACUAUAUCCAGAAUCAUUCAGUGAUGUUAACUUGGUAUGGUUAUGGUUCUGUAAUAUGAUCCUACCUCUGACCCCUGGUGGCUGGUCACCGACUGUGAGGGAUUUGUCACAAGGACAGACCCUACAACUAUCAGUGGUAUGUUGUGUGGUCGUGUCAAGUUAUAUGGCUAUCCAAGUGACUAUAAACACACAUUUUGUGAAAUAUGAACUUGAUUUAUUUUGUUGACAUAAUCAAUCAAAUUCUGUAAUUUAUGCUUGCCGGCCCAGGUGGUAGUGCCCAAAAGUAAUUAUAGAAAACCAACUAGUUUGGUCAUUCACCUUGUAGAUGUUGAUGGUAUAUGUUGUAUGCAAUACUAAGGUUUUACUUGGUAAAUAUGCACACACCCUGAUGUAUAGAGAAAGCAUGAAGAGCCACUAUCCAGUAAUUGGUUUAAAUUUUGUUGGUUACCAAGUGUUUAAAUCACCCUGUACUUUUUUGUUUUUUUCCCUGGAAAUAUGAAUGGAACCAAUAGUAACCCAGGAAUAUGGAAAGACCUGAAUAGAGGUAGUAAAUAAACAUCUCCAUCAUAUAUUAGAUACCGGGUUAGGUUCUGGUGGCUGUCAUUUCCAUAGGUAAGGUUUAUGUUUCAUACGUCUGUGAGGCUCCUAGAUGACUUUUAAGUUCCUUCCUACGGUCACUGUGCGCAGCAUGAAAAUGAAACGUUAAGAACAUAUCAUAUCAUAUUGAAUAUCUCAAACCACGAUUUCCCAUCAAAUUUAUAUAUCUGUCAAUCACUAUUUAAUACUUCAUCAUGAAAUUAUUUCGGACUCUAACAGCGCAUCAUUCGCGAAUUUAGAUAAUUUUUAGAUCAAUGUUCGCGAAAUCGCGAAUAUGUCUCAAGAACUACUCUAAGUUCCCAGCAUGAAGUAUUCCCGAAAUCUUAAGUGAUUUACAGUAUAGCCACAUUGAAGCGAAGUGACGUAGACGUACACUAUUGUACGGCGGUACUCCCGUCUAGAACAGUGACUUAGUCAGACGCACUCCAAUACUCCCGUCUAGAACAGUGACUUAGUCAGACGUACUCCUAUACUCCCGUCUAGAACAGUGACGUAGUCAGACGUACUCCCAUACUCCCGUCUAGAACAGUGACUUAGUCAGACGUACUCCCAUACUCCCGUCUAGAACAGUGACAUAGUCAGACGUACUCCCAUACUCCCGUCUAGAACAGUGACUUAGUCAGACGUACUCCCAUACUCCCGUCUAGAACAGUGACUUAGUCAGACGCACUCCCAUACUCCCAUCUGAAACAGUGACUUAGUCAGACGCACUCCCAUACUCCCAUCUAGAACAGUGACGUAGUCAGACGUACUCCCAUACUCCCGUCUAGAACAGUGACUUAGUCAGACGUACUCCCAUACUCCCGUGUAGAACAGUGACGUAGUCAGUCAGACGUACUCCCAUACUCCCGUGUAGAACAGUGACGUAGUCAAACGUACUUCCAUACUCCUGUCUAGAACAGUGACUUAGUCAGACGUACUCCCAUACUCCCGUGUAGAACAGUGACGUAGUCAGACGUACUCCCAUACUCCUGUCUAGAACAGUGACGUAGUCAGACGUACACCCAUACUCCUGUCUAGAACAGUGACGUAGUCAGACGUACUCCCAUACUCCCGUCUAGAACAGUGACGUAGUCAGACGUACUCCCAUACUCCUGUCUAGAACAGUGACGUAGUCAGACGUACUCCCAUACUCCCGUGUAGAACAGUGACGUAGUCAGACGUACACCCAUACUCCUGUCUAGAACAGUGACGUAGUCAGACGUACUCCCAUACUCCCGUGUAGAACAGUGACGUAGUCAGACGUACACCAAUACUCCCGUCUAGAACAGUGACGUAGUCAGACGCACUCCAAUACUCCCGUAAUGAACGGUGACGUAGCAAGACGUACUCUCAUACUCCCGUGUAGAACAGUGACGUAGUCAGACGUACUCCCAUAUUCCCGUGUAGAACGGUGACGUAGUCAGACGUACUCCAAUACUCCCGUCUAGAACAGUGACGUAGUCAGACGUACUCCCAUACUCCCGUGAUGAACGGUGGCGUAGUCCCAUACUCCCGUGUAGAACGAUGACGUAGUCAGACGUCCUCCCAUACUCCUGUCUAGAACGGUGACGUAGUCAGACGUACUCCCAUACUCCUGUCUAGAACGCUGACGUAGUCAGACGUACUCCCAUACACCCGUGUAGAAAAGUGACGUAGUCAGACGUACUCCCAUACUCCCGUGUUGAAGUGACGUAGUCAGACGUACUCCCGUGUAGAACGGUGACGUAAUCCGACGUCCUCCCAUACUCCUGUCUAGAACGGUGACGUAGCAAGACGUACUCCCAUACUCCCGUCUAGAACAAUGACGUAGUCAGACGUACUCCCAUACUCCCGUCUAGAACAAUGACGUAAUCCGACGUCCUCCCAUACUCCUGUCUAGAACGGUGACGUAGUCAGACGUACUCCCAUACUCCCGUGUAGAACAAUGACGUAAUCCGACGUCCUCCCAUACUCCUGUCUAGAACGGUGACGUAGCCAGACGUACUCCCGUGAUGAACAGUGACGUAGGCAGACAUACAGUGUACUCCCGUGUAGAACGGUGACGUAGUCAGACGUACUCCCAUACUCCCGUCUAGAACAAUGACGUAGUCAGACGUACUCCCAUACUCCCGUCUAGAACAAGUUUAAAGAACUAAAGGUUCGAACGUAUACCAAGUUAGUUCAUUCUUUAGUUUCGAACGUAUACCAAGUUAGUUCAUUCUUUAGUUUCGAACGUAUACCAAGUUAGUUCAUUCUAUGGAUGUGUUAAUGAGUUGGAAAACAAAAACAAAACGAUACAUUUAACAUGUUUUAAAAACAAAUAACAAAGUGCAUUGUAUUAUGAAAAUAUGUUGCAUAUAUUUCCACAAAUGAAUGAAAAUUAUGAGUAUAAUCAGUCAUACGAGUUAUAGAUUGGUCACAAAUAUGGUAUUUGGCGUCAUACAAUGUAUGUCCUCAUUCCAGUGUCAUAUUGUAAAUCAGCAAUUGGAAACGUUUAUGAGACAAAAUAUUAUAACAUUUGUCGCCGCAAUACUUAAUACCCCUCAUUACUAGUAUUAAUAUGUUGGUCACCACAAUACUGAACACCUCACAUUACCAGUAUUAUAAUAUUGGCCACCACACAUUAUGUAAGACAAAAAUAAUAAAGUUAUUUGUGAUGAAGUCAACAACAUUGUUUAAUAAACGUGUGUACCAGUCAUAUGACAAGGGGGUCUGGCAGUAGAAUACCACAUCGUAGUAUUUCUUGAGGAAUUAUUGACAUUUCAAUUCUUUGUCGAGAUCAAAGUAACUGUUUUUGUGUGUAUUUUUUUUCUCCUUCGAAAUACUAUCUUUUUAGGCCAGACGAAAUUCAAUAGUGACGUUUUCUGUUUUAGAUAUAUAAGAUUGCAGUCCCUACUGCACAGUAACAUUGAAUUUUAAUCUGAAUAUCAAUUAAAUUGAAACAGCAAGCAUGCGGCUUGUUUCCUGGGGUUCCCUGGUAUGUGCAAUAUCUCAUUUUAUGGUGGCUGUCAUGCUAUAUUAAAACAGUCAUUGAU